UUCGCAAGGAGGGCUUUGGACGGGCCGUCCCCGGAGAAUCCGCGGCAGCUCCGGUUGGGUAAUCGGGAGCUGAGGGGCGGACGGCUGAAGUCCGCAAGAAACACCCGGAGGCGGGAAGCAAACGGGGUGUGCGUGUGUACGCGAGCGUUUGCGCUUGGGUGGAACGCGGACGAGGCGAAGUAAAAUCGAGAGAGAAAGGCUUUGCAGAGAGCAGGGAAUGGGGCCAGAUCGCUAGCAAAAUUAACAGGAAAUGGAGCGAAAAAGCAGAGCGUUGGCCGGUAAGACGCAGAGCUCGACGCGGAGUUUCUCCAUUCGGCGGAGCGCCCCGGACGGCUUCGGAUGUACCGUGCGAGGGGUUCAUGCCUUGUGAAGGAGCUUCGGUGCUUCCUUCUCGGGACGUUGGGAAUUAGUGGCUUAUAGACUUCCCACCGCUUUUGCGAUCCACGGAGAUUGGGGCAUGAGGCGUUAAGUAGCGCCGAAAGUUCCUCAGGGGGAAAGCGAGGUUUACCGGGAUCAUGGCAAACCCCGCCGGCUUGGACUCCGCUGCGGUGGAAGGUUUCUUAGACAGACACCCGGAGCUGGUGGAGAAGUGGCUGAAGAGGAGAACCGCCUUCCUUAGUAAAGCAGCUCCCGCGGGAGCGCUUGACUUCAGCUACGGCGGGGCGGCAAAGCAGCCAAGCAGAUACCACCACAACGGCCUCUCGCCGCGGAGCAGCCCUUCGUCCACAGCCCCUCCCGGCCCGGAGCCGGCGGCCGGCGGGCAGCUGCUGCAGCACCGAGGGUCCCAGAAAGAGCUGAGGAAAAGUUUCGCGCGCUCCAAGGCGAGCCACGGGAACCUGACUUACGACGAGCACCUCCAUAGGGCUCAGGAGCCGCUGAGCAGCGCGAGGAGAAGGGCGCUGCUGAGGAAGGCCAGCUCCCUGCCGCCCACCACGGCGCACCUGCUCAGCGCCCUGCUCGAGUCCCGGGUCAACCUGCCUCAGUACCCGCCCACCGCUUUGGACUACAAGCGCUACCUGAAGCAGCACAACGAGCGGCAGUUCUUUCUGGAGCUCGUCAAGGACAUUUCCAAUGACUUGGACCUCAGCGCGCUCAGCUACAAGAUCCUCAUCUUCGUCUGCCUUAUGGUGGACGCCGAGAGGGGCUCCCUUUUCCUGGUGGAAGGCGCCGGUGGCAAGAAGAGCUUGGUCUCGAAGGUCUUCGACGUGCACGGCGGCGCCCCCGUCCUGCCUAGCUACAGCACGGAGAACUCCAGCGAGAUGCAGCUGCUCUGGGGCAAAGGCACCGUCGGUUAUGUGGCCGAGCACGGCGAGACCGUCAAUAUGCCCGACGUUUACCAGGACCAACGCUUUAAUGACAAGAUUGACAAACUGACAGGAUACAAGACGAAGUCAUUGCUCUGCAUGCCUAUAAGAAACAGCGAGGGUGAAAUCAUUGGAGUUGCACAAGUGAUAAAUAAAAGUCCUGGAGGUAUUCCUUUUACUGAUGAUGAUGAAAAAGUAAUGGAAAUGUAUCUUCCCUUCUGUGGUAUUGCCAUAUCCAAUGCUCAAUUGUUUGCUGCUUCCAGGAAGGAGUACGAUAGAAGCAGAGCCUUGCUGGAGGUGGUUAAUGAUCUCUUUGAAGAACAGACAGACUUGGAGAAAAUUGUGAAAAAAAUUAUGCAUCGAGCCCAGAAUCUACUCAAGUGUGAGCGUUGCCUGGUAUUGCUUCUUGACGACAUUGAAUCACCAGAGGUAAAAUUUACCAAGUCUUUUGAAUUGAUGUCUCCAAAGUGUGUUGCUGAUACAGAAAAUAGUUUCAAAGACAAUUUGGAGAAACCAUCAGCAUCUUAUUCAGACUGGCUAGUAAAUAAUAGCAUUGCUGAACUUGUAGCUUCUACUGGCCUUCCAGUGAACAAUAGUGAUGCUUAUCAAGAUCCUCGCUUUGAUGCAGAAGUUGAUCAGAUGUCUGGCUUUCACAUAAGAUCUGUACUCUGUGUACCUAUAUGGAAUAACAGUCACCAAAUAAUUGGGGUUGCUCAGGUGCUGAAUAGACUUGAUGGGAAACCUUUUGAUGAUGCUGAUCAGCGACUCUUUGAGGCUUUUGUUAUAUUUUGUGGCUUGGGCAUCAAUAAUACUAUAAUGUACGACCAAGUGAAAAAAUCCUGGGCAAAACAGUCUGUGGCUCUUGAUGUGCUGUCUUAUCAUGCAACGUGUUCAAAAGCAGAACUUGACAAAUUUAAGACAGCAAACAUCCCUCUGGUGUCAGAACUUGGUAUAGAUAAUGUCCACUUUGAUGAUUUCUCCCUCGAUACGGAUGCCAUGAUAACAGCAGCCCUCCGGAUGUUCAUGGAGCUUGGAAUAGUUCAGAAAUUUAGAAUUGACUAUGAGACACUGUGUAGGUGGCUUUUGACAGUGAGGAAAAAUUACCGAAUGGUUCUGUAUCACAACUGGCGGCAUGCUUUCAACGUGUGCCAGCUCAUGUUUGCCAUGUUAACGACAGCAGGAUUUCAGGAGAUUCUGACAGAAAUAGAAAUUUUAGCUUUGAUUGUUGGAUGUUUAUGCCAUGACCUUGAUCACAGAGGAACAAACAAUGCCUUUCAAGCUAAAAUUGGUUCUGCUUUAGCUCAGCUCUAUGGGACAUCUGCUACUCUGGAGCAUCACCAUUUCAACCAUGCUGUAAUGAUUCUUCAGAGUGAGGGUCACAACAUCUUUGCUAACUUGUCCUCUAAGGAUUAUAGUGAUCUUAUGCAGCUUCUAAAGAAGUCAAUCCUAGCCACAGACCUCACUCUCUAUUUUGAGAAGAGGACUGAAUUUUUUGAACUUGUCAACAAAGGAGACUACAAUUGGAAUGUGAAAUAUCAACGAGAGGUAUUCCGAUCAAUGCUAAUGACAGCUUGUGACCUUGGAGCUGCAACUAAACCAUGGGAGAUUUCAAGACAGGUAGCUGAACUUGUAACAAGUGAGUUCUUUGAACAAGGGGACAGGGAGAGAUCUGAAUUGAAACUCACACCUUCUGCUAUAUUUGAUCGGAACAGGAAAGAUGAACUGCCUCGAUUACAGCUGGAAUGGAUUGAUAGUAUCUGCAUGCCUCUCUAUCAGGCCUUAGUGAAAGUGAAUGGAAAAUUGAAGCCUAUGCUGGAUUCUGUGGUGGCCAACAGAAAAAAAUGGGAGGAAUUGCACCAGAAAAGAUUGCUUUCCCAGACAACAUCCAACUUAGCUAUGUCUCUGGAGAGCAUAAAAUAAGUCUACAUCUGUUUCCUGUUCCUAGGAUAAGAGAGUCAAAAAAAAUGCUUAACGUUUUGUCUCAUAGUAUUUAAUUAAUAAUAUAAGACAGGCAAGAACAUAUGUAAUGUCAGUGAAAAUAUACACCAGCUGGCCAAGCCUUAGCUUUUUCUACAGGCCAACAUUUGGUCUGAAGGGAGAAUCUACAGGGAAACAGUUGGAUUCCUGCAGUAAUCUGGAAAGCUUGGCUGAGUCUGGAUCCUGUAGCUUCUUUCAGCAACAAGAAAAUGGGCAAAUAUGGUCCUAAAGGAUUCAUAUAAGUGGAACUCAUGGUUCAGUAAAAUUAAUAAAAGUGAGCUGUGGCUGAUUUAAAAAAUACCGAAGCAUCUUCAAGAGACAUUGAAAAAAGGGAGAAUUUUUGUAAAAAUAUUUUGAGAUUGCACCUUUCCAGCUUUUAUUAGUAUGAAUGGUUAUUCCUGCGCUUGUGAAAUUUGUCUUUUUACCCCUUUUAUGUUCUAUUUGGUUUGUUCAGAGAAGCCUGCUUUAUAUUCUGAAGAAAUACGUUUUUUACACAAGCCUCAUAGGAUUCAACAGGGCUUUU